CACACCCCAAGACCGCCAGCUCUGCCUGAUCUCUCACUGAAGUCCUACAUCAUAGGUCUAUAUCCUCUGCAGCACGGCCAUGAAAUGGGUGCUAAAUGCCAGAGUCCAAAGAGAGAAUAGCCCAGAGAACGACAGAGAUCCAUUCAUUUACACAGGACUUUGCUCCAGUUUGACUGUUGGGGUCAGCUCGAUGAAAGACCCCCCCACAACAUUCACACAGAAGACCUGAUGGAUUUGUCGCUUUUUUGUACAGAUGACUCUCUGCCAUCUUCAGAACCUCACACAGAUGGUCAAACUGAAGUUCUGGCACAUGAACUGGGUACAGAGACUCUGUCCAAAACCGCUGAGAAUAACACAAUUAACAUUACCACAGAGGAGAAACUAUCAGACUGUGAUAGAUCAAACUACUCAGCACACAGCAUUUCCUUUUGCCCAGAGGCUUCACAAAAGCCUGCUUCCAAGGGACCUUGUUGUCUGGAUCUGUCGGAACCAGAAAGUGAUGCAUUAUUUCCCGUUCCUGAGCUUUGCAAUGACUUCAUCCCUAUCCUGUCCAGCACAACAGAGUUUUAUGCAGGACCAGAAACAUCUCUGCUUCCACAUGAGCACAAAAUGAGAACUACUGAAUUCAACAAUUUAGAGAGUGUUGAGGUUUCAGCACCCCUGUCAGAUCUUUAUAUUUUUGAAAGUGAGACACAGGACUUUAUCAUCACCCACACAGCAAAUCCUCAUAAGAUUACAAGUCCUGAAUACUUGCCAGUAUCCCACUCUGGAGGAAAGGCUGUGCAGGAAUGGGAUGCACAUGAUCCAAUGUGUUAUUUAGAAGCCACUGAGAAACGGUGUCAAAGUGGAUUUAGAGAGGAACGGGCCUCAGAGAACAACGUGUCAGACGUGAGCCAACGUGAAGAGUUACGAGCAACUGCUGUGAAUGCCUGGGAGGUGGACUGGAUGUUGGAAAAUGAUGUGAGACCAGAGAAAGCAGAGGUCACUGCUCUGACGCUCCAACGACAGCACAGCAACAGCCCCACUGAGCUCUGGUUGGACGCAUGCCAGUAUCUGACAGGUGAGGAAGCAGAAGAUAAGGAGGUUUUGGAUCAACAAGCUAUAAGCAACUCCUUACAAGAGUCAGAUUACAACCCCAGUGACAGUAGGAGGAUUGGCUGGUCACCAGUCAAGAGGUGGUCAUCUGUAGACAGCUGGGCUAGUGCACGUUCAGACUGGACUGGGAUUAUUGAGGAUCCACCAGAAGACAUAACGGCUGCCUUCGCAGAGAUAGGUGCCGAGAUAGAUGCUUUAACACAAGCACUACGGGAGGUGACCACGCACAGAGAACCAGAGGUUUUACAAGAAGAUCCAAGGGUAACGGUGGAGGAGGAAAAACAGAGAACCAUGGGUGUGCAGGAUCAGCCUUUUAAGACUUCAGAUAUCCCAGAGGGGUCCGUCUCUUCUGAACAAAGCUGUCUUUCUUUGUGCCUUGAAGCUUCAAGACCUAAACUGUGCAAAAGAGAAGGCACCAAGGGUGUCAGAUCUCUGGGUAAAUUCGAAGGAGAACUAGAUCCAGAAGAACCCUCUUCAUGCUCAGCUCCUGAAAACUCAUCAGCAGGUUCUUUCUCUGUGAGAGCAGAAUCUAAUGCUGAGCUGAUGGAGGUCACAAUCAACGCUGGGUCUGUGUCUUCAGGUUGUUUGGAUCUACCGCAGUUUGAUAGAUAUUUGAAAUCAUUUGCUCAAGAUUUAUUUUCCAGCAAAGAAGACCAUCCAAUUGAGUUAAAAAUAACAGAAGAUGUAGAUCUGGACACACAAAGAGAGGUAGUGCUUGAGGAGGGUUUUGGAGACAGCCUGUUUAAACUGCCAAGUGAAUACACCUUCUCCCAACAGAGCUCUGUGACUGAGGAGCAUUUUAAAGGAAACCGGGGUCAAACAGAUUGUAGGGUAUUCUCUACAGAUAUUCAUAAAAAUUCAAACGAGCCAGGUGUGGACUCAGGUAUAAAUGUCUCUUUUAACAUUUGUUCAGACUCAGUUGGAGCAAGAAAGGUGGAGUCAUAUAGUCCUGAGCUUAUUAUGUGCUUAGAUCCUGUCAGUGGCGACUCUGCCCUCGUCUGUGAGACAAACAGCAGCUUGGAAGGAGAUCAAAGUUACACCGAAACCUGCCUGAGUGACAGCAUUGAUUGUUGUCAUGUACCAGACUACUCAACCUUUCCGACCCUGGGUGGAAUUACCGACGAGCAAUUUUUGGAAGGUCACAAGGAGCUGAUUCAUAAAACGCAGAACAUAAUAAACACUGCUGAGAAAGUCUCUCCAGAUGAACUACAGGAGGUAGAACCUGAAGAGCCUGUGUGGCCGUUCCUCUCUGUGACUGCCGACAGCAGAGACCUAGCGAGGUUCACCGUUUUUCCUGGAGACCAUCUUUUCAUAUCAGAGAAAGAUUGUGUUGCUUGCAUCACUUUAGAUCUGAACGAUCCAUUUGUCCCCUGGAUAUCGGAACCAAUCUUUACAACCACUGAAUCUGAGCUAAGUCAGCUGGAAAUGCCUCACAAAACCUCCAAGAAUUCCUCAGAUAAAACACGCACCAAAAAGGAGAAGUCAGCUCUUAAUCAUCAUGGUGCACAGGCUCCCAAAAAACAAGAGAGUACACCUCUGCACAUUUCCAACCAGCAAACCUGGAAACAACAAGAAAGCUCCCCAGCAACAGGGGAAAAUCAUAUUAUUGAAAACAAUAGGCUUGAAGUCAAUGAGGCUGAAAUUGCUAUGGAGAACAUUGUGGGAACUGAAAAGGGUACAGGCAAGCCACACGGGAAGAAGAAGAAGAAACACGGUCAUAAAGCAGCAGGUAAACAAGAAGCAGAGGCAUCCGUUGAUCUGGAACAUGGAGCAAAGGCAAAAACUACGAAAGGAAAGGUUGAUAUGUUUGAGACCAAGCUUGGGAUUAAAGGUGGGAAAGCUCAGCAGGAUGUAAAACAGGCAGCUAAAACCCAACAGCCAGAUGAUAUGGUGCCCCAGCAAGCUCCACGUCUCACAAAUGAUGAUGUUGUUAAAAAACGACGUGUGUCAGGGGAUAAAUUUGGAAAGAUUCUCAGUGUUUUGGAGUCUAAACUACCAAAGGCAGAUGCCUCAUUAAGAGCAAAAGAGGAAGAGACCCAGACAGAGAUCACAGCUGCUCAGAAGAAAACAUACAGUGAUGUGGUCAAACAGAAGAUCCCUCCAAAGGAAGAUCCAAAGGUGGUGGAGUCCAUCCAGGCAGUGUCAGUGAGCGGAGACCCUCAGAGUCUGUGUCUCUGGUGUCAGUUUGCUGGGGUCCACUCAGACUACACUGUAACAUGGAGCAGAGACACCACACCACUGGCUCAGGUUAACAGAAGUGCAGGAGAUGAGAGCAGAGUGUCAUUGAUCAUCAACAAUGCUACCCAUAAAGACCUGGGCAAGUACGUGUGUCAGCUAAGCUGCUCUCAUGGUUCAGUCUACCUGGACUACGUGCUAACGUAUGAAGUUCUCAGUGAGAUUGUCAUACCUGCUUCUCCAAAAUUCCUUUCAUCUGUGGCUGAAGAAUUGUGCAGUGAAGAGGAGGACGCCCACUGCUCAAGACUCUUGUUCAAAGAGGAUUUUUUGUCGGAUCAGUACUUUGGAGAGAACCACCCCAUCAGCAUCCUCACUGAAAAGGUUCACUUUGGGGAGGGGAUGCAUCGGCGCGCUUUCCGGACUAAGCUCAAGGCAGGUCAGAUUCCCCUGUUAGUUCCAGGAAACUCAUGCGUUCUCAAGGUGCACAACUCUAUCAGCUAUGGGACCAAAAACAAUGAUGACAUCCUUCAGAAGAACUUCAAUUUGGCUGUAGAGGAGUGUCAGGUUCAGAACACAGCAAGGGAGUACAUAAAGGCUUACACAUCAGCAGCUCAGUCUGUCGAAGCCUUCGGAGACGUCCCAGAGAUCAUUCCCAUCUACCUGGUCCACCGUCCAUCCAAUGACAUCCCCUAUGCAACACUAGAAGAGGAGCUAAUAGGAGACUUUGUGAAGUAUUCGGUGAAGGACGGUAAAGAGAUCAACGUGAUGAGAAGGGACUCAGAGGCAGGGCAGAAAUGCUGCGCUUUCCAGCACUGGGUGUACCACAACACAGAGGGCAAUCUGCUGGUUACUGACAUGCAAGGAGUUGGCAUGAAGCUUACUGAUGUGGGAAUAGCAACUUGUAAGAAAGGGUAUAAGGGAUUCAAAGGAAACUGUGCCACCUCUUUCAUUGACCAGUUCAAAGCUUUGCACCAGUGCAACAAGUAUUGUGAGAUCCUGGGACUGAAACCCCUUCAGCCAAAACCUAAAAAGGUCCCUGCUGCUCCAAAACCCAAACCCCCACCAUCAACUGUCCCUAAAAAGAAGACAUUUGGGCCAACAAUGAAGAAUAAGUCAUAACAUCAGGUCUCUACACUCUCUUUGACGCUGUUUCUGGCAAAUUAACAAGUUCGAUGUUGCAGGAUGCAGAAGGACUAAAAAGACAACUUACUUUGAAAGAAGAUACUCCCAUACCAUUGGAGCCUGCUUUUUUAAUCAAAACAGUUAAUAGGAAGCAUUGUAUGUUUUUCUUGUUACAAAUCUUACCUGUAUCCUGGUGUUUUUAUGACUAAACUCUCUGAAAACCUGUGAUAUAUUAGGUAAUACUUAAUCAGUGAUAUACUGUCAUGUCUUAGACUGCUUGGCUAUGGAUCGGUUACAAAGGAUUUAUUUCAUUUCUUUUUUAUUGUAUUUUCCAACUCUUAUUCAAUUAUUAGGAAAAAAUUUGUUUUACUAGACAGUAUAACUGCGUGCUUUUUAUUUCUUUGAUUUGUCUAUUGGCAAAGCUGAAAGAAAUUGAUCGACCUCUUACUUUGGUGGAACUUGGACUAAAAUCUUGAUACUUUUAUUUUUAAGAAAUAUGUUUUUGAAAUAGUUUAUUAAUGUGUGUUUAAUAUUGUAAAGUACUUAAUUCAGGUAGGGUUCAUUUGAAAUAUCUGAAAUAGGUUUUAGAAUAUGAUUACUGGAUUUAUACAGGGUUGAAGUGUUCAGUGUAAUGGAUACAGAAGCUCUGUAUGAAUCCACUAUAAUAUGUUAAUUAGUUCUGCUAUUUACUGUCAACAUUAAAAUGUAAUGAUCUAAUAGUGUAUCAAUAUUGAAUCAUGUUACAUGAUUUUCCAUGUUUGUAGUGACAUACCUUCUUAACAUUUGAGGUUAAAAAAAAAAGCUGGUUGCAUAAGUGUCAAAGCAUUAAAACAACCAAUUUUAAAGAACCUUAUGAUUUUAUUUUGGCAUUUAAUCCAAUUUACCAUCAGAUACAGUGAAUAUAAACAAUGACAAAGCAAACAAGAAAAUGGCAUUAAAGAAAGAUAGAAAAGGAUUGUAAAAAGUUGAACAGGGUUGCUAUAAAAGAACUCACUUCUCAAAGUGAAGCACAGUGGUGGUGGCAUUAUGCUUUGUGGUUAGUAUUCUUUGUAUGAACCUGUUUAUCAUGUUGGAUGAAGUGAUGAAUGGUUUCAAAUUCCAGGUAGUUACUAACCUGAAUCUUAGUAGCUUUGCAUGGAUACACCUUUAUUUUUGUAUUCACCCCACUAGAGUUAAAUAUGACAGAAAACCUGAUGUGGCAUGCUGACAGACAAAUAAAAAAGGUGCGUUAGCAAAGUAUUAUUUGAAGUGUGUGCACUCUUAUGUGACCAGGUUAUUUCAGCUGUUUUAUUUUUCACAUUUUAGUUUAAUCCCUUAUUUUUCACAUUUGUAUUCAUAAGUUAGAUUUUAUUGUUUGUUUAGCCCAGGAUAUAAAUGCUUAACCAAAAUUUGUCCUACAGAAUAAUUAAAUUCAAAUUUAAGAUUAUAUUCAAAUUUUACCAUCUAAAGAACUUUUUUUUUAUUUGCUGGAUUUAUGAAAGAUUAAUGGUUAAAAAUGUGCAAAAUUAUUUAUUUUUACCAUCACAAAAAUCUGGAUUAAUCCAGAUUAAUAAAACCUAGGAGCCUGUAGAUGUUCAUAAUCCUUUUCUAACUUAUAUAAAUGAGCAAAGCUACAAACGUGUACGGUCAACAUUUUGUUACUGCUUGCAAAUCUCUAAAGGAAUUUAUGACUACUUUUUCCAUAAUAGAAUAAUUAUGAUGCUGAAGAGUCAAUA